AUGAGAUUGGUGAAGUGUUGGUUUUGCUCUUCCACAAUAUAUCCGGGACAUGGUAUUCAGUUUGUCCGCAACGAUGCAAAGAUUUUCCGGUUCUGUAGGUCUAAAUGCCACAAGAAUUUUAAGAUGAAGAGGAACCCACGCAAAGUAAAAUGGACUAAAUCAUUCAGAGCAGCACAUGGAAAGGACAUGACUCAGGAUAAAACAUUUGAGUUUGAGAAGAAGAGAAACAGACCCGAGAGAUACGACAGGAAUGUAACAGAGGAUACACUCAUGGCCAUUAAGAAGAUUGAUAAGAUCAGAACCAGAAGAGAAGCGGAACAUAUCAAUAAGAGGUUGAAGCCAGACAAAAAGAAAGUCCACAUGGAGGAAAUGAAGGUUAUAGAUAAUCACAUUUCAUUGAUCCGGGCACCAGAGCCGCUCCUAGACGGUCGAAAGAAAAUCAAAGUUUUGGCCUCCAAAACCGAGUCUGUGCAAAACGAAGCCAUGGAAGAGUGA